AUCUGAGUACGGUGUCCACUGUCGAUGGACAAGUUCUGAAGGAACCCAAGGAACUCACUCGCUGGAUUCACCAGAUUCUCUUCAGGCCGGUUCAGGCCAAAGGGGGCUUGUCAUGCUGCCCUUCAGUGGUGCAGGAUGGUGCAGGUGAUUGUCCAACAGUUCAGUACCGCAAGACCUAAGAACUUGGCAACCAUGAUCCAUUACUACUGCCACUCUCACUCAUGAACAGAAGCCCUUUUGGAGUAGUCUUGGAUUUGAUUUCUUAUACUUGGCUUACUUGUCCUCAAAAGGUCCUUGGUGCUAGUAGGUUGGAGGCCAUCAUUGCUAUGUUGAAGGCCAUUGCUAUUCUUCUUAGCUUUAGAAAGUAAUCCAUGUCAAACAUCUUGCCUCAUGUUGUGCCGCUCCGCAGCUUCACAGUCAUUUUGCCCGCAGCUUCACAGAUUCACCGUCAAGAUGGGCAAGGUGCACGGCAGUUUGGCACGAGCCGGAAAGGUGAAGAAUCAGACGCCAAAAAUGGCCAAGGCGGAGAAGAAGAAGGCUGGAAGUGCUUGGCCGAAGUCAGCAAGGCGGAAGUGGCGACGAGUCGAUGGAGAGUGACGGUUAAUAGAGGUGCUUGGCCUGGAAGUCCUUGCAAAUCCGAGCUAGAACCCUGGGUUACACCACAGAGCUUUGCUUCAAAGGAACCACCUGUAUUUAUGUGGGCUUCACGCUGCCGGCGGGCAGUGCUGCUGGUGGAUGGGAAGGAGACGUUGAAAGAGGUCCGUUUCCGCUUUGAGCUGCUGGGCAAAGACUCCAGUGCAGCGCCUGACGUGCUGGCAGUAGGUCAGAAGGGCACCUUGUUGGGCUUGCAGCUCUUGGCCACUCACUUCGAUGGGAAACUGCCCCUCGCACGCUUGGAGAAGGUUGAAGAAGAAGUGGUCCUGGCACAUGCUGGGCCAGGCUUCAAAGUGAAAGGGUACCACAACUAUCGUUUGAACUUUCUGGAGAAGGAGCGCUGGCUGGAUGUUUCUGUGCAGAAGAGCUGGCCCAGCGCUGCAGAGGACAAGCUCCGAGUGGCCAACAACACCACGGUGAUGCCCUUGGCGAAGGCUGUAGCGGCACGCCAAAAAGCUCUCCCCGAGGGUGGAGCUUUGCUGCUGGAGAUCGUUUGCAAUUGUUGUGGUGCACACCAAUGUGUUCAGAAAGCUUUGAAGACCAGGCACCCAGGAUCAAAAACGACUCCGAGUCUCGCAUUUGGCGCAAGCAGUGGCGCGUGCUUAUGCAUGGCAGGUGCGACCGGUGGAUCCGUCCUUGCCCGUGCGGCUUUUCCAUUGCACCGGGUGGUUGCGCCGCCAGGGGCCUGAUGCGCCUCUAUUGCAGCUGGUCAUUCUGCCUGAAGGGAGGCCGUGCAACGAGUAACAAAAGCGCGGCCCUGCGGGGCUUCUUCCAUGGCUUGGGGGGGUGACUCUCACCUUGGCAAACCUUUUUCACCCGAAGGAGCACAUGGC